AUUAAAAUUAGCUGUUCCUUACAGAUAAAAAAAUAGAUUUCGUUAGAGGGUUUUGAACAGGAUAUAGCUGAGUAGAGCUUAAUUAAUAAAAACCGUUUCAGUUAGUGGUAGUCUAAUUUCUGAAAUUUAAAAUCACUUUUCUAGCUUAACUAAAGCCUAGGCAUAUUUCUUCGAGUGUAAGUGCUGGAACUUGUUGAUAUUCAUUCUUUCGACCUUUUGAAUAAGUUCGCGUGCAGCUUAAUGGCUUGUAUUUCAGUACGGGGGUGAAUAUUCUGACCAAGAGAAAAUAGAGCAGAUUCUAGAAAGCCUCUGGACGGUGUAGGUUCUGUGUAAUAACGGCGAACAAAAUGUCCGGCAGGGAAGACUUGGAGGAUAGAGAUCCAAAAAGGAUUAACCAACAUAUUCAGGUGGAAUGGGAAGACAUUAUUGGCGAGCCUCAAACAAUCAGAAGCCCAGAAUGCGCUUGGUGCUUGAGCAAGCAUUGUUACCAUUAUUCCAAAACAGGAUGUUUCGUUUGCUUAUCAGUUUUAUGCGCACCAUUAUAUGCUUGUUGCGCUGGAUUCUCGUUUGCCAUACUACAGUUUGAGCACAUUUGGUGUUCAGGACCCUGCCUAAUCCUACUGAAAAUAUCUUGUGGUACAAUAAAGAAAUUUCUCCAAUUAUGUACAGAGUCAAUCAUGAUUCCUAUUAUGGAGGCCAUAGGAUAUCUCUUCUCAAAGAUUCACAUCAGGAAAUCAAACAUAAGCAGUGAUCAUUUAGACCAGAUAGACAUAGAAAAAAAGAAAGUUCAAAUAGUCUAAUGAUAGGUUUGAAAGUUAUAACAACUGCGUUCUUCCGUUUAACCACUGCUUCUCUUGCAUAAAAAAUAUCAAAAAUAAAAUAAUAAAUACUGAUGGCUAGUCAAUACAUAUCACAGCAUUUAUGUAUAUUUUUAUUAUGUAUUUCAUAUAAUAUAUGUA